UCAGUGGAAGGACGAAGCCAUUAAAUAUCCCAACCCCAACUGCCCCUUCUUUGAAGAAUUUUGCAAGAGCCCUUUUAUAGAUAGAGAAAUGUACACUGAAAUAGCCAACAAAUUCAAAAUUAAACAUAAAUUAAAACCCUAGUCUUCUUCCUCACUCACUCACUCCUUGACUUCAACACGCACAACACACACAAGAGUGAGUGGUAUGACCACCACCACCACCGCCACCGGCACCACCAGCGGCUAACUUCAAUUUCUUCAAAACCAGAUAAAAUGGAACUGACGAAGCUGUUGAUGCUUCAUCUCGGAUAUGGUUUGCUCUGCUUUCUGCUUCAGUUCGGUGCUUCCAAUUCAGUCUCAAAUAGCUCAGUUGACGUGCCUUUGGUUUCAUCAUCUUCACAGGAAAAAACGGAAGCAUUCUGCCGUUCAGGCUGGAUGGUCUACUGGAGUCAGAGAAAGUGCUUCAACUAUUUCGAAAACUCUCAAUCAUGGGAUGAGGCAGAGACCCACUGCAUAAGCUAUAGUGGACAUCUUGCAGCAGUGACUUCAUUGCAGGAACUAUCAUUUGUUCAGAAGUUGUGUAGUCAGGACAACACUGGAUGUUGGGUUGGUGGAAGACUUUUUAAUACCAGUCUUGGAGCUUGGAAGUGGUCAGACAAUGCAUCUUACUGGAAUGAAACUGUUGCUCCUAGGAUUCCUUUGCAUUCUAGUCAUAAUUUGGUGGAUUCAUGUGCAUUGGUAACCAACGGAACAGUGUACCUUAUGGCUCAAAGUUGCAAUACCACUCAUGCCUUCAUAUGCAUGCUGGAAGCAGAGGACAAAUGUCACCAUUUCCACUGUCACUCAGAAUAUCUUAUUAUCCUUGCUGUGGUGAGUGGGUUGAUUCUCUGCACUACUUUGGCUGUUGUUGUAUGGCUUCUCAUAUUUCGACGGAGUAAGAAAUGGAGAAAAUCUCGCAGACUGUCAAAUCCGGCUGAAGUGGCAUUAGUUCCCCCAUCAUGGAAAGUGUUUACACGUGAUGAAUUGAAAUCAAUUACCAAGAAUUUCAGUGAAGGAAAUCGUCUUCUUGGUGAUGCAAAAACAGGGGGUACAUAUAGUGGACUUUUACCAGAUGGAUCAAGGGUGGCUGUUAAAAGGUUGAAAAGGUCUAGCUUCCAGAGAAAGAAGGAGUUCUACUCUGAAAUUGGAAGGGUUGCCAGACUUCAUCACCCAAAUCUGGUGGCUAUCAAAGGAUGUUGCUAUGAUCAUGGAGAUCGGUACAUUGUCUAUGAGUUUAUUGUGAAUGGACCUCUGGAUAGAUGGCUACACCAUGUUCCUAAAGGGGGUAGGAGUUUGGACUGGGCCAUGAGAAUGAAAAUUGCCACCACACUUGCUCAAGGAAUUGCGUUCCUCCAUGACAAGGUGAAGCCCCAAGUUGUGCAUCGGGAUAUCCGUGCAAGUAAUGUUCUUCUUGAUGAAGAAUUUGGUGCUCAUUUAAUGGGUGUUGGCCUGUCAAAAUUCAUCCCGUGGGAAGUGAUGCAUGAAAGAAGGGUUAUGGCUGGUGGAACUCAUGGAUAUCUUGCUCCUGAGUUUGUCUAUAGAAAUGAGCUUACAACUAAGAGUGAUGUUUACAGCUUUGGGGUGCUUUUGCUUGAAAUUGUUAGUGGACGCAGACCAGCACAAGCCGUUGAUUCUGUUGGCUGGCAAAGUAUAUUUGAGUGGGCCACGCCCCUGGUGCAAUCUCAUCGGUAUCUAGAGUUGUUGGAUCCUCUCGUAUCAUCUUCUUCUUCUCAAAUUCCAGAAGCUGGAGUAAUUCAGAAAGUAGUCGAUCUCGUAUAUUCUUGCACACAGCAUGUUCCCUCAAUGCGUCCCAGAAUGUCACAUGUUGUCCACCAGCUGCAACAGGUGGCCCUGUCUCCCACCUCGAAAUAAGGUCAAUCACUUAUUCAUUCUUGUUAUAUCCUUUUUGGUGAUUCUUCGAAAUCGGUAGUCCUAUGAUUUAUGAGGGCAAAUUUUAGAUGAAAAGGGUGCUUCUACUGGUCGCAUACUGGAAGCCCUAUGCAGAUUUGCCUCGGAACUUUUGUUGUAACUCCUGCUAACAUAGCUUGCUAGUUGGUGAGAAAUUUUACAUGUGUUUGUACAAUGCAAUGAAAAUAUUAGCGCUGUAGUAUUCCUUUGUAAAUACUAUGUCAGAAAGUGGAUGUUGUUAACCGUA